AUGGCUUCAUUCGAAAAGGAUAUCAAGGCCGGGGAGGCUGGCGAAGUUCCAGUCGCCGCUGCCAGACAAGAGCAACAAAAUCUUCAUGACGACCACGACUCUCCUACCGAUCUGACCUUGUCCGACUGGACAGCGCACGAAGACAGCCAUCUACCUUCACCUAAUCCAUGUUAUCGCCCACCCGGGAGCCCGGCAAGCAGCGAGUUCGAUCCCUCUCGGGGAGCAAAGCCAUACUCCCCCUUCUACAAGCACCCAACAACCCGCACAUCGCUAGAACAGUUGAGAAACGAGACUUCGCAGAGGCGCAGUGCAAGGUACAGAAUGCAUGAUGUCGAGAACGGGUACCAGGCUGGCACAAGGCCAUCAAUGGAUGGUCAGGGGAGCACUAGAGGCCUAUGGGUGGAUAGCAGGCAGAAGAAUUCUAAAUGGCUAGGAAGGCUUAACCGGAAGCAGAAAUUUGCCGUCAAGGCAUUGAUUGCCGUCAUCAUUGUGGGCACCAUGGUGGGAAUAGGUUUGGGCAUUUCAAUUGCUCUUGGUGGAAGCGUCUGGAAAUCAAGUUACCAGCAAGUGGAAAUCCCAAGGCCGGGGUGA